GGUUAGGGUGCGCGGCGGAUGGGAGGGAGUUGAUGUGAUUGUCGGAGAGGACAAAGAUGGCGGCGGCGGCAGUAGUGGAGUUCCAGCGGGCUCAGUCCUUAGUCAGCACCGAUCGGAACGCGUCUAUAGACAUCCUGCAUAGUAUCGUGAAACGAGAUAUCCAGCAAGAAGAUGAAGAAGCUGUUCGUGUUAAGGAGCAGAGCAUUCUGGUGCUUGGGGGGCUCCUAGCCAAAACGGGGCAGGCAGCGGAACUCGGGGGUUUGCUGAAAUAUGUUAGACCAUUCCUGAAUUCAAUCAGUAAAGCUAAGGCUGCACGGUUGGUUCGAUCGCUGCUCGACAUGUUUCUGGAUAUGGAAGCAGCUACUGGCCAGGAGGUUGAAUUAUGUUUAGAAUGCAUUGAGUGGGCGAAAUCUGAGAAGAGGACGUUCCUGCGACAGGCUUUGGAGGCUCGCUUGGUUUCUCUGUACUUUGACACUAAGAGGUACCAGGAGGCAUUGCAAUUAGGAUCACAGUUGCUUCGCGAACUGAAGAAGAUGGAUGAUAAGGCACUUUUGGUGGAAGUUCAACUGUUAGAGAGCAAGACAUAUCAUGCACUGAGUAAUUUGCCAAAGGCACGAGCUGCUCUGACCUCAGCGCGAACAACUGCAAAUGCCAUCUAUUGUCCACCAAAACUACAAGCAGCACUCGAUAUGCAGUCAGGUAUUAUCCAUGCUGCUGAAGAGAAGGAUUGGAAGACUGCAUAUUCUUACUUUUACGAGGCAUUCGAAGGCUAUGACUCUAUUGAUAGCCCUAAAGCUAUUACCGCAUUGAAAUAUAUGCUACUCUGCAAAAUCAUGUUAAAUACGCCAGAGGAUGUGCAUACAUUAGUGAGUGGGAAGCUUGCUCUCCGAUAUGCUGGACGACAGACUGAUUCACUAAAAUGUGUAGCUCGAGCAAGCAAGAAUCGGUCUCUGGCUGAUUUUGAAAAGGCUUUAACAGAUUUCCAAGCAGAACUGCGGGAUGAUCCAAUUAUAACCACGCAUUUGGCAAAACUAUAUGAUAACUUACUGGAGCAGAAUCUUAUCAGAGUGAUUGAGCCUUUCUCCAGAGUUCAGAUAGAGCACAUAGCAACCAUCAUAAAAUUAUCCAAGGGUGACGUGGAAAGAAAACUCUCCCAAAUGAUCUUGGAUAAGAAGUUUCAUGGUAUUCUAGACCAAGGCGAGGGAGUCCUCAUUGUGUUUGAUGAGCCUCCAGUAGACAAAACAUAUGAAACUGCGCUUGAAACAAUCCAGAAUAUGAGUAAAGUAGUGGACUCUCUCUACAACAAGGCAAAAAAACUGACAUAGCGUUCCUGACUGAAUGACGAGAUAUAAAGAGAACUGCAUUUCCGCACCUUCCCAAGAGUGGCAUUCAGUUCUACCAUAUUUUCACUCGCAGCGUGCGGUGUGGUUACUGGUUUUGGGACCCUCGCCUCAGUGCGCAAUGGAAUAGUAGGAUAUUUAGUCAAAAACUACCAGGAGCAAGUACAUUGAACUUCAGUGCCUCAAACACAAUGCUCUUGCUUGAUUCCAGAUUUACAUACCAUAACCAGGAAUUGUAUGAAUUGAUAAUGUUAGGAGAGAUAAGAUGUGUACGUCUUGAGAAGCUUCAUUAUCCCAAAGAAAAAUUAUUGUUAUUUCACAGCUAAUUUUGUACUCUAGUAUCUGAUUCUUUAAUAAUCCAAUCCAAUUGAUUAAUGAUUUGUUAUAUAACAAAUCAAGAUUAAGUAGACUUUUAAAGAUUUUUGUUUGCUAAUGCUGCUUCAAUGAUUUGCUGUUUGUAGUGAUCACCAAGUAAUUUAUAGUUUGGUGCAGGUGUAUCUUGUAUAUAUUAUUGGGAGGGUUUUUAAGCUUGAAUGCAGUUUUCAUGGUGCUACAUUUGAUUGAUCUGACUUAGAAUGUGUGGAUUUUGUGCAUGAUCUCUUCCAUUAACUGCACCUCUUUUAAUAUAUUUAUUAUAUCUGAAAUAUUGGAUGAUGUUGAGGACAUGUUGACAUUUCCACAAUUAAUAAACUCCAUCUUUGAUCUGGUG